ACCAUGACCCCAGGCCAGGGGCCUCUCCCCAGUCUACUCUUGGGUCUCCUCAGAAUCCUUGCUGCUCUGAGAAUUCCAGGCUUCCUAGCCUCAUGACAACACAAAGUGAAACAAGAAGUUCCAGAACAUGGGGGCCUGGGUCUGGGUUGGAGAGAGCAAGCCAAGGGCUGGCUGGCGGGCACAGGGCCAGGGGCUCAGGUAGCAUACAGGCUCCAGUUCAGGGCCUGCAGCCUGGGCUGGAGGGGCUCAGCACAGUCUCAGCAUGGGCCUGGAGCUCUACCUGGACCUGCUGUCGGCCUCCUGCCGUGCCGUCUACAUCUUUGCCAAGAAGAACAACAUCCCCUUCGACUUCCAGUUUGUGGAUCUGCUGAAAGGCCACCAUCACAGCAAGGAAUACAUCGAGAUCAACCCCCUGAGGAAGCUGCCCUGCCUCAAAGAUGGAAAAUUUAUCUUAUCUGAAAGCGCGGCCAUCCUCUUCUACCUGUGCCGCAAGUACAGUGCACCCUCGCACUGGUACCCGCCAGACCUGCACACUCGCGCCCGCGUGGAUGAGUUCAUGGCCUGGCAGCACACGGGCAUUCAGCUGCCUAUGAGCAAGAUGCUCUGGAUCAAGCUGCUGAUCCCCAUGAUCACAGGUGAGGAGGUUCCAGCUGAGAAGACAGAGCGGAUGCUGGCAGAGGUGAAGAACACCCUGCAGCUCUUUGAGGAGAAGUUUCUGCAGGACAAGAUGUUCAUCACGGGGGACCAUGUCUCACUGGCCGACUUGGUGGCCCUGGUGGAGAUGAUGCAGCCCAUGGGGGGCAACCAUAACGUCUUCCUCAACAGCUCCAAGCUGGCUGAGUGGCGCAUGAGGGUGGAGCUGGCCAUUGGUUCCGGUCUCUUCUGGGAGGCCCACGACCGGCUGGUGAAGUUGGAAGAGUGGGACUGUUCAACCCUGGACCCGCUGGUCAAGGAGAGGAUCUGCGAGCUGCUGCAGAAGUUCAAAUAGAAGCAGCCCCUCCUGCAGGGCCUGGCUGGCUCAGCCCUCGGAGCCUCCUUCUUGGGGGAGACGCUGAAAACACCUCGGUUUCUUUGUCUAAUAAAGAACAGCCACCACUGCUGCUGAGCCUGGGACAGUUGGUAUGAGCAUAGUGUCCGAUGUGGGAGUGGGUGGUGGUCAUGGGUCCUCCCAACUUCCAAAAAGACCUUAAAAAUUAAAGGUUAAAUGUGAUUAACUGUCAAUAACAAUAGU